ACCUCACAUCUCUGUUUGACUGUUAGUCUCAGAGCCCGUCUGCAUAGCUGCGCAAGCACAUGUCUAAAGUCAUUUUUAACAGAGCAAAGACAAACUUUUAAUUGCAAAGCAAUACAUAGCCAUAGAAGAUGGAAAAUGAUGAUAUUGUUUGGUCGAUCAUAAACAAAUCAUUUUGUUCUUAUAAAGUGAACACUAAAACUCAAAGGUUCUGCAGAAAUGAGUAUAAUCUUACUGGACUGUGCAACCGUUCAUCCUGCCCACUUGCCAACAGUCAGUAUGCUACGGUAAGGGAAGAAGAUGGAAACUGCUUUCUUUAUAUGAAAACAGUUGAAAGGUCUGGAUUUCCUCGAAAUAUGUGGGAAAAAGUGAAGCUGUCAAAAAGUUUGGAGAAAGCUCUUCGUCAAAUCAAUGAAUACCUUGUGUACUGGCCAGGUUUUCUUAAACAGAAAUGCAAACAGCGACUGCUUAAAAUCUCACAAUAUUUAAUACGCAUGAGGAAAUUAAGGCUGCGAAGACAGAAAAAAUUAGUUCCAAUCCAGAGGAAACAGGAUAGACGUGAACGUCGUCGAGAAGAAAAGGCUUUGGUUGCUGCUCGUUUAGAUUCCGCUAUUGAAAAGGAACUACUAGAACGUCUUAAGCGUGGAACUUAUGGUGAUAUCUACAACUUCCCUCAAGUUGCUUUCAAUAAAGCUUUGGAAGAAGAGGAAGAAGAAGAAGUUGAGCCUGAGGAAUAUGGAGAAGAUGAUGAAAAUGAAGAGGAAGAAGGGGAACUUGAUGAAGAGCUUGAGAAAGAGUUGGAAGAAGAGAGUGAAAAUGAAGAGAUUGAAUAUGUUGAAGCUGAUAGUGAUUUAGAAGCUGAGCUGGAAGGUGAAUCCGACGUUGAAGACAUUCAAGUUAACAAAACGCAAUCAACAGAUUCCAUUAAAGAAAACAUAAGAAGGAAACCAAGGCUUGAAAUUGAAUACGAGACUGAAACUUCCAAAAGUUUGAAACAUAAAGUUUAGCUUUAUCAAGACAAUACACCUUCUGAACUUUC